GUCCGGAGAAAAUGUCAUAUUUUCUAACGCUCCUAAGAAUGCAAUACCCAUGAAGGUUGUACGAAACGGUGAUGUCACAAAGUAUAUGUCAUAUAUUAAGGUCAGCAGGGCUCAACAUGAUCUUGUUAAGAGAAUGAAACAAUCUGGUGAUGGCAUUCAGACAAGACAUCUUGUUGGUGUUAUUGGUGAUAUCGAUAACUUUCAUGUGAAACCAUAUGAGACACUGAUGGAGGAUGAGAAACAGAAACUGCACGAUCAUUGGGUCAUUCUGUCAUGUAAAGAACUCCCUGCUGCUUUCAAGGCUCGCCGGGAAGAGAAGUUGGUUGCUGAGAAAUUAAGGAGGUCUUUGUGCCUUGAAAUUGCAGAGAGGAAUAUGUCUGAGGUGGAAAAGGCAGAGCAGUUAGGUGUCAGAACCGCAGAAGUUGGGCAAGAUGGCGCUUAUCGAAAUAGUGGCACCUCAGAUGGACAGGAAGAACUUGUAGAGCACUCGCCUCAGGAUGUGCCGCAAUCCGGGAAUAAUAGCAGCGCAGGUCUUGAAGAUGAAGAAGAUGCCAAUGAUACAAGUGAUACUACUGAUACAUCCACAGACUCUCAUGACAGCCCAAACACGACAGAUCAAGAUGGCAAUGAUGGCAAUGGUACGAGUGAUACAGGUACAUCCACUGACUCUCAUGACGGCCCAAACGUGACAGAUCAGGAUGUUAUGGACACGAAUAACACGAAUAUACAUACCCAGAGUCAGGGUACCUCAGACGAGCAAGAUGAAGAAGUUGAAAAGAUUAGCAUCACAAGUGCUAAAAGUGGCGACAGCUCAGACGCGCAAGAUGAAGCCCCUGUGGAUAUAAGCUGUAGGAAUGGAAUCUCCCAGAGCGAUCCAGGCAUGGCAGAUGAUGAUAUGGAAGACACCAGCUGCAAUGAUACAACUCUCCAAGACCAUCACAUUCCAGAUAUGCAAUCUCAGGAGCCCAAGGCCAUGAGCGGCACGAUCUCACCUAUUCAAGGCCUCAACAGCCCGAAUAUGCUAGUUCAAGAUUGCAAGAAGACUGGCUAUAUAGGUUUUCCUAUUCAUGUUCAUGGCGGUUUCGAUGAGCAAACUGACGACUUGAAGAACAUGUGCUACCCGAGUGCCUCAACUGGACAUGACAAUAAAAAAGAGAUGAAUGGCAUGAUUCUUGAUCAAAGAGAGACUGAUGAUAUCUCAAUGAUGCCCUCUGAUAGUACUUUGAGCAGGCAAACUAAUGUGGAAGGUCCUGAACUAAAAGGGCCUGCAAAAUGCGAGAAAGAAUUAUGGCAGUCAGCAAGCUCUGUGGAUUCCUUUUACCACCCUCCGGGGAAUGGCCUAUACGCACAAUCAGGUGCCCUGCAGCUUAAACAUCAUCUGUCUGGAGGGCCAGCAACUUGUAUGAUUGACUUGAAGGUAGAUGACAGACGCAGACAGCAAACUCAAAUCAGUGUUCCUGCUGCGCAACCGAUGAGCAAUUCAGCAUCUCUGUUGCAACCAUGCACCAACCAGCUAAACGGUGAGCAGCUCCUAAAUGGCACAAAGGGUGUCGGAAUGGUCCCCUCUUAUUCCCUGGGACAUGUGAACGGCAUGAAACAGUCUAUGGGCUUGCAUUCCAUGACAAACGGACACCUAGCUCAAUCUGGCCUGGCCCAAGAGCAGAUGCAAUUGCUUGGUGAGAGGCACAGCGGACUUUACUCGCAGCAAGUUGAGAACAACAUCAACAUGUAUUCCAGUGCAACGCUCUGUACUCAGAACAGCUUUCCUAUGGUCGAGCCGCAAAGUUUUGCGGGUCACGUGCCUGCAGAUCGGAGUCGCAGCUGGUUCCCUGAUGAGGACCAACCAUCACAUAAUAAUUGGUCUGGAAUGGGAUCAAACGGCGUCGUUUUAGGCCAGGAUGUGCCUGGCGGGGAUGGGAGUCUUCUGAGCGUCCUGUCCCAGUACAAGCAGCAGGUAUCUUCACGCCCGCCGGGCUCUGACCAGCUGCUCCUUGGAGGAAGGAGGAAUCUAGUUGCUCCUCUUGGUGUUGCUGAGAACAUGGUUCUUCCAUCCCCAGAUGUGUAUGGUUACACCCACCAGAAUAAUGUGGCAAGCAGCCAGGUAGACAGCAAUCUGCAAUGGGCACAGGGAAUGACCCAUCCUUCUUCCUCUGCUGCUUGUUUCAGGCAGUUUGGUGGAGGGCCCUGGUCAAGAUAGCAUCUCAUCUCACCUCACCUAUCUGUCUCUGGCUGGUUGUAUAUGUUCUCUGAUUUAUUCCUGAGAUUGCGGGAGGAGGCGGUUUUGUUAGAUUUGAGGGCGGAUUUGUUGGUGUACAUAGUGUGCCGGGGUGUAGAUAUGCGAGUUGCGGCGCAGAGAAGAAAGAGAAUGAAUAAGGGCUUCUUCAGUGCAACUCCAUCUGAGGUUUAGAUUAGAAUGUUUUUAUUCUUCUUGGAAUUUACAGAAUAAGGAGAUGCUGCCCCCACCAGCCAGGAGUUUGUUUUGUAGUGUCGAUUAUUCAUGGUGAAUUCAAGAAUUUGACUUCAUUUGGUGGUACAAUUUUGUCGCUGUACUUUGUACUCUGUCUCUGAUGAAUAUGAGAUAUGUUGCAAUGCC